GGUGUGUCUCGUUGGGCCGAGAACAAAACUAAACAAAGUAAUGAACCUUCUGUUUUUACUCUAGAUCUAGAUCUUGAUGAUAGGUGAUGAUAUAGAGGUCUAGAUGCUAAGUCUAAGUCAGACUAAAGUCUAAGUCUAAUGAUAUUAUAAAUCUACUUAGAUUUAAUCUAAAACUUUCUCUACUCAUCUAAUCUACUCAAAUCUACUGAUACGUGUCGUCAGUGAUACUGAUUGUAACUAAUACACACAGUCCCGCCCGAGGCGAGCGGGCGAGAUCUUAAUUUAACAGUAUAAAACUUGUACCUGAUUUGAAACAAUGGUCUUAAUACACAAAAGACUAAUAGCAUUGUCUGUGUUCAUAGCCAUCAUCGGUGUUGGUCUUAUUGUAGCAGCAUUUGCUACAGACAAUUGGAUUCAUUCAACUCCUCGAGCAAAUGAAACAAUGAGAAGAAAUAAUUCUUCUGGGACAGCAAGUGGAUUUACUGCUAAUGUCACAUUUGGACUAUUCACAGGAUACAAGUCUAUAGACUUUGGGAUUGGACCAAGAUCUUACAAUUUAAUAAUCAAGUGCCAGCCAAAUUCUGGAGCUUGUGCAUAUAUCAGUAUAGAUAAAGAUUCUACCACUGACAGCCUGUUUUCAAAUAUUUUACAACAAUUUAAAAAUCAGAGUGGUCAACCAAUGGAGGACUUUGGUUUGUUUUGCUUCUCCUUAUAUGUUGCAACUUUGGUCAUGUUAGUGUUGGCUAUUGUAUGGGGCCUUGUGUCUAUUGGAUUUGCUGUUUUUAAUGUAUUUGGACGUCCAAUUGAAACUGUUACAGGACCUUCUGGUCUUUAUUUGUGGAAUAGUUUAGCAAUGUUGUUUUCCCUAGCUGCCAUUGGUUGCUAUUUGGCUUUGUAUCUGACUCAACUUAAGAUGAACAUCCUCACAUUACAAGAUCAGCUAACUUUUACUUCCAAAGAUCAAACUUUUUUGGACAUGUCAUUUUACUUUGUAGUAGGAGCUGCUGGAGCAUUUUUCUUGAAUAUCUUUAUUUUAUGUCUAUCUGGACAGAAAUGUUCAUGUGAUUAUUAUCAUUCUAGUGAAAAAGAAGUCGACAGUGGAAUGAUUUUGUAUUAAUUGUUUCAAACAUUGCAUUUGUGUAAAAAAAAUUAAUUACAGAUGACUUUUUGUCAAUUUAACUUGAAUGUAGUUUUAUCAAACUUAAUCAUAUCAAUCACUUCAGGCUUGUUUUUUUUUUAACAAUAUCUUAUGUAGAAAUGAUCCUAAAGAAUAUUUAAAUAUUACAUUUGUGACCAAAUUAUGCAUUUCCUUCUUUACAAUUAUUUCACAAUGCCCAGUUUAGUCAUGUUUUUUUUUAAUCUAGUCAUAAUGUAUUUGAUAAGUAAUUGUGUAUCCUUUAGUCCACUUGAUAUGCAAGGAAUAUGAAAUGAAUUUUUGACAAGAGUUAUUUCAUUAUUUGUAAAAGAAAACAUAGAAGACUGGUGUGUUGUUUGGUGACAAAAACUGCUGGGCUACCUAUCAAGAAGGCUUGAGUUUGAAAAUCAACUGGAGCUAAGUUGUGUUUGCCUGAGUGCCUAAAGGCAGCAUGAAGAUUUUCUCCCAAAUAUUCCCUCCCACCAAAUGUCCACAAGAGAUUGAACCCCAGUGCACUGAUGAUGCUAUAUCAAACCCUAGUGCACUGAGCAUGCUAUAUUAAACCCUAGUGUACUAGCAUGCUAUAUUGAACCUUAGUGCACUGACUUGCUAUAUUGAACUCUAGUGAACCCAGCAUGCUAGAAGUAUGAAAGAUGUGCCAUACUAAAGCAGUUUCUAAAAAAGAAUUACUGAAGAAAAAAAAAGUGUUAAGAAUCAACUCUUUUGUCUCAUGAUAUUUGGAAAACUUUUUAUUGAAGUGCAAAUACAUUUUUGUUAAAGAAACUAUGAUCUUGAUAGUUUUAAUCCCAAUGUAUUUGAUAAAGAUAGUAUUCACUAGAAAUCAGAUAUUUAAGGAAGUUUUUAUUUUCAAGAUAAUUAUCAUGCCAAGGAUUUAUCUAGUCAGUAGGUAUUUAACUUAAAUUGGCUUUGUUUGGGUCAAAUGUGACAAUAACAUAGUCACAGCAUGGUUUACAGUCACUGUUUACUUAUUGUUUCAUUAAUAUUUGUUUAAAAAAAACAAUGUAUCAAUAAGUAUUUGUCAAUGGGUCUUUCAGUUCCAAACAUAAAUGUUACAUUUUGGAAUUGUCCUCCAAAAUAGUAAAAAUCUACUAGAAAUAAAACAAAACAUCACAAGAGUAUUUUAAAAAAAUAGUUAUAAAUGGAUGAGUGUUUGUAUUAAAACAAAUCAUGAGACCCAAUAUUUAGAAAUAAAGACAAAAGCAUUUUUAAGUACAAACAACCAAGACUUAUAAAAGUAAGUUUGUAAAAUGUUUUACAUGUAUCAAAUGUUUCUUCAGAGUAGAAGAUAAUUUACUUUCUAGUCCAAACCUCCCCAGGAUGAAGGGGAAUGGGAGCAGGGAUUAUCUGGAAGUACAGAGUGCAUACUGCAGGACCAGGCCGCAAUUCCUAAAUGUUCUGGGGGAAUAUUUAAUCAAAACAUGUUUUUGUUCAGGGUGUUGAACCAUGCAGAACAUUACUUAAAUUUUCGUCUUUUGACAGUUAAGUAAUAAAUCUGCAAUUUAUCAUUUUUAUUUUAUAUAAUAUAUUAAUUUUUAGCCCAUUGUUAUAAAUUGCUCUGUUAAUUAUAAAGUUUUGUGCCUGGCUUUGACUAUGGUAAUUAAAGUGCUGUCUAUUCUAACUGAAUCACUGAGCCAAAUAUUCAAUCCUUUUACUUCAUGAGGUGUGUGAUAAAAUUAUUAUUUUUUUAAAGAUAUAUUCAAAUAUUUUGUUGAUCAUAUCCAUUUUUUUUUCAUUCUGUAUCAUUAGUUUGUUUGUUUUUUAAAUGGCAUUGGUACUUCUGAAGAAUCAUAACCCAUGUUUGUAAAUACAUACUUACUAGCUUCAUUAUCUGCCAGUGUACCUUUUUUUUUUUUAUCUUGCAUGAAAAUGACCUGCCUGCAAUAUAAUUUCCCUUCCAGAACUAGCACAUCCAGAACUUUUGACUGGCGGGAAUGAUUUUCUUUUCCUAACCCUAAUGCCCAGUAAACCCUAACCCUAUGUAUAAAAUAAAUGCACACAUAGAGCAUAUAUAUAUAUAUAUAUAAAGAGAGAGAAAAACAAAAAGCACUCCACCUUACCAUUAGAGCAGUUUUUCUCAGCUGUCGACAAAAAACAAGAUACAUUGGUGGCCCUUCUCAUGACAGUCAGGGGGUCCUCAACAGGUUUUGGGGCUCAAGCAUUUUCGUACAUUUUUAAUUGCAGAAACAUAUUCUCCUGAUGGUUACACUCAUUAUUCAUCCUUUAAAAAGUCAAAUUAAGUAAAAUAAAGUCAUGGGGGGGGGGGGGUCAAGGGCUAUUACUGGUGUGACUGACAAUUUGAAGCACAAGUAGUAUAAGUAUAUCUUUGUUAGGCAUAUUGAUCAUAAUAUUAUCUUCAUGUUAAUCGAGACCUCUUGUAGUAGGCCUGUUUUGGUCAGAAUAAAAUUUCAAGAAAGCGAUGGUUAAACAGUCUUUGGAUACUCAACAGUUUUAACGUGAGCAAAAAAAAAUUUAAGAACCUUUUGAAACCACUGAAUCUGCCAAUAUACCAGAAGAGGCACGACAAUAUUAAGAUUGGUUAAAAUAUCAAUAAGUAGCUUAUAUCAUAUGGAUAUGUAACUAAUUCUAUUAACAAGCUGUGAUUUCUAAAUAAAAAUUUUAGCCCCACCCCACCACCCCCACUCGAAGGGUUAAGUUCGGUGGAGCAGAAUUGAUGCAAUCGUCCACCAAAUUUGGCCAAAAUGCUAGAGGGGGGUGACAUAAUCUAAAUAUUGGUAAAAAUAUAGAUAAUAAUUAUAACAAUUAUAGCUGUUAUAUGGCACUACUUAGUAUAUAUUAUUGACAUCAGUUGAUAAUUUGUAUACAAAAUGUUAUUUCUCUGCAAAAAUGUGUCCUCUCCCCCUUCCACAGACACACACAAAAACUUUUGGCAAGCGAAUUUUAGUAGCCCUUUGUCUUGUUUCUUUUAUGGAUAGCCCAUUUAUUUAUUCUUUAAUUGAAUAGUCCACAUUAAAAUUCUAUUUCCACUUACUCAAACUUUUGGUAAGUGAAUCUUCAUGCUCACUCCAAACAUAUGUACCAGUAUGACCUGUUAUUGUAGCUGAUGCAUUUGCUAUGUUGAAAUAGUUGGUUUACCUGUAUGUUAUUUAUUUUGACAGGUUUUGGCUUAAAUACAGCUAUAGAAAAAUAAAAAUCCAUUAUUGAAUUUUGGUUGUAUCUGUAUAGUUAUUUGUUAAAAUAUUGGUUAUUGGUUAAAUUUGGUUCCCAAAAAUGGUACUUAGAAAAACUUUUAAUGUAUUUUUAACCAAAUAUCACAAUAUCUUAUGCCACAAGUUAACUGAUUGGUCAGCUCUUUUUGUGCUUCAAUUAUCUUAGACAGUUAACUAGUGUUGAGUAUAUUUGUUGUACACUGACCUGCAUCAGUUCUUUCACUAACAUUUUACUUUUCUUUAAAAAAAAAUUAUUUUCAUAAUGGUCAAAUGGUUAACUUUGUUUUAUGUUACCUUGUGAAAAUCUAUUGUCACUCUGUUAAGACAGAAUUGAUAUUCUGGGUUUUAGUGUGUAUUAAUCAAUUGAUACAUGCCUAAUGAUAAUAGUUUUAUAAAAUUUGUAUUGUUAAAUAGUUUUUGUUUCUCUGCAAAAUGAUUCAUUCUAGACUUUGUUACAAGCAUAUUAUAUUUUCUUUUUUUUUUUUUUUUUUAAUGUCUAUUGGUAUUUUCUGCUAGAUGCAGCUUUAUUAUGUUAAAUAACUAGAUCUGCAAAAGCUCUACAGCAAAUCAAGUUUUUGUGUUAGUACAGACAAUGGAAUAGCAGAUUUUUACAGAGUCAGAACAUGGAGGCCGAAAAGAGGAAAGCGAAGGCAAAGAUGUUCACUUAUAACAUGUAUGGCAUCACACAAGGCAUAACAUCCAUAGGCACCAGUUGGGAAGAGACUGGAAGUCGCCUAUGACUGAUCUCUGUGGAAAGAGCUUGCCAUCCUAUGCGCUGAACAGCAAGGGAGGACCUAAGUCGAAUUAACUAGAUCUAUGAUGUAUGUUAAGCAGUUAAAACCAACCUAGUUUAAAAAAUAAGUUUAUUCCAUAUUGAUGUAUGCUAUAUUUAACAUAUGUAUGUUUUAUAUGUGUAUGUUGCUAUAUGUUUCUGUUAAAAGAUUUUUUAGGACAUGGUUUGUUUUGUUUUUUUCAUUAAUAAUGCAGUGCUUAAAAAGGUUUAUUUAUAAGUUCAUUGUUCUCGCAACCUUCAUAGCUCAUCUUUUGUUCUUAAUGUCUAUAUUGCUAUGUAUGAGAUGGCCAAUUCUACACGAAAUGGGUUGGCACUGGGCAAUGCACUAAGCUGUCAAAUAAGUUAUUAAGAUUUUUUUUUUAGACUGAUCAUUUUUUUUUUAAAUAUUUAAUUUAAUAAAUUAUCAUUAGUAUUGUUGAAAAUUCAUUGUCUUUACAUGCUACUUAGAAGCUAAUCAAGGUGAAACUAUUUGCAUCUAAUCUUGUUGUUUCAUUUAAAAUAAAAACCCUAGUCAUACAUUGUGUUUCAAGUGAACCUAAUUAAAAGAUAUGUAAUGUUAAUCACUGUACAAUAAUGAAUAUAUUUAGAUUUUCCAGAUUUAACUUUGAGUCUGUAUUCCUAUAAGCAAACAAGUAAUUUACCACAUCAAGCUAAAUUAAAUUAAAAUAAUUAGCUUUAAAUGUAUUUUAAAUUUUAAAAAGUUUUUAAAAUGAAUGUAGUUUUUGUGAAUAAAUAGAUGUACAUUAUCUUUUAAAAGUAUAACUGUAGUUAUUAUAGUUAAGUUUAGCCAAGUUAGUAGGAAGCGGACAUUAAGACCAAGAAGAUUAGGACAAUUUCUGAUUCCUAUUUUUAGUAUUCAUCCCUUAUGCCUUCUUUUUUUAGUGUUACAAAACAAUUACUUCAUUGUGGCAAACAUUUUUUUUCUCAACAAUUAAAAACAAAAUAACGUAGAACACUUCCAAGUAUUUCAAACUGUCUUUAAUAGCGGCUCCCAAAGGGGGGGGGGGGAAGCCGCUAUUAGUUUUGUGUGAUACGUCUGUCCAUUCGCACGUCUGUCAGAAAGCUAUUGAAAAUCCGAUUUCAUAUUUUGCAGCUUGAAAAGUUGAAACUUUUUGUCUUCUGCUAGCCAACCAUUUUGUUUUUUCAAACGAAAUACCUAAGCCGUGUAUUUCUUCUUUUUUUUUUUUACAUUUUUAAACACUGUGUAAAAGACUUGUAUAUAGUAGGCCUAUUUACUAUUUACAGUAAUAGGCAUACUACGGAAGGCUAUAAUAAGUAAGGGAAGGGAUUAUUUUGUAUACCGGGUAUUUUUUUUUAAUAACAUUUAUACAUACAGGAUUUUUUGUUUGUUUGUAUAUAUGUAUAUAUAUAUAGAUAAAAUUAAGUCUAAUGAAGAAGGAUGCAGCAUUAGCCAAUACCUUUAUGUUAGAACAUUCGAGUUCCAUAUUGUGCACACGUCUGUAAUGAGCUUGGUCGUCGUACCAUCAUCUUUCAGACAGACUUUAUUUUGUGACACCAAAGUUGUUUCCAGUCUCGUGAGACCAGUUUAUCCUCAACGUUUUGCAGCAACGUUUUGAAAUGUGCACGAAAAAAGUUUGGAGUCAAUAUAGUGUUGCAUUGAAACGUUUGAAAUGGUUUGUUAGUUCAUUGUUCUCAUUAGAAGAUGAAACGAAGUUUAAAAUCUGUUAAACAUUGGUAAUAAUGUCAUUUUUCUUGGUUUAUAAUCAAACAUAACUAGAAUGCAAAUAUUGAAUUUUUUUUUACCCUUGAAAAAGAAAUUUCCCGGCUCCGCCUGCACCCAUUUCCCCCCCCCCCCCCCCUUUCCAUUUUGUCAGGACAUUGCGCUCUUCUUCUUCUUAUGAAAUACAGACGUCACUUCAAAACAGAAGACGAUUACGUCCUACGCGUGUUCCUAGGUCAAUCUAGUCAUGCAUGUUAAUCAAUGACUUAAAUUGGUUUUCCUGGCUUACUCAGGCAACCCAUUCCAUGCUCUAUUAGCAUUAGGGAAGAAGGAGCAUAUGUACAAAUUAGUCCUAAAGUAUGGAACAAGAAAUGUGUCUUUAUCAUUGUCUUUCUAAGUAUUUUAUUAGGCUUUCUAUUUGAAGAUUAUGGUUCAGUGUUUUAUGUAUGAUUGCUACUUUACUGUUAAGUCUUCUAUCCUAAAUGGCUUCUAAAUUUAGUGAUUUUGCUAAAAGUGUUACUCUAAUUCAAUGUGAAUAUUCGUUUGUUUUGAAUCUCACUGAUCUAUUUUGUGUCUGUUCCAGCUUCUAGAUGUUUUCUUGAGUUGAGGGCUCCCAACAUAUUCUAUUAUUGGCCUUAUGUUCUUAUUUGAUUUGUAAAAAUUUUAUUUAAAAAACAACUAAUGCCUUGUUUGAUAUUUUAAGUUUCAUCGAUAUGGGGAUUCCACGAUAGUUUUUCAUCAUUAUAACACCUAGGUAUUUAGCGUUUUUAGUCUGUGUAACUGGUUUACCACGAAUAAGAUAAGUGGUUGUUGUUUUUUUUUGUUAACUCUUAAUAACUGACUUUUUUUUUCUGGCACUCGCAACCCAUUGGGGGCGGGGGUGCUUCCACAGUUUGAGAAACGCUGAUUUAGAUACUUUUUUUUAUCAAAUCCAUUUUUGUUUACUUGGCUCCUUAAGCCAUCUCUCGAUUACCCAAUCCGAGCUCACGAGGAAAUCCUUCGUAUUCUACACUAUACCGUUGUUAAACAGUGGCUACAGUAUGGACAGUAACAGAUUAAAUCUGUUUGAAUAGAUGUAGUUGAAAAUAUGUCUUCAUCUUACAGACUCACUAUAGAUGUAGUUGAAAAUAUGUCUUCAUCUUACUGACUCACUAGGGUGCAGGGCUUUGACAGACAUUUGCACCCAUUCUUUCCUACAUGUGAAGUAUAACAUAAUCACAUGACUAGAUCUAUAUCUCGGCAGACGUCAGCCGGCCACGCUUCUCUUGGCAUACGUUUAUUUGGAUUGUGGUUGUUGAUAGUUUGUACCAUCCGAUAUUCGUGCUGAGCAGAUUGAAACUUGUCUUUUUUACUCUCUUUGUAAUUUUCUUUAUUAUUAGGAUUGAUCCAUCUGAAUAAUAGUGUGCUGGGAUGUAUUUGAUUCAUCUGAAUACUUUUGUGCUGGCAAUGUAUAAUACACGCAUUUCAAAUAGCUUUUUUUUUUUUUUUUUUUUGUAUUUUUAUGAAAUUUGCAGUAGUUGCUCCUCCCUAUUGUCCUCUUGUAUUUUUAAUUGUAAAAUUUUUAUUUAAAUUUGGAUUUUGUUUCAAUCUAUUUUGUAUUACAGGUCCAACAUUGUGAUUACUUUUUAUGUGAUUUAUAUACAUUCCAUGAUUCCAAAUUAAUUAGAUCAUGUACAUACAUUCCAAAUUAUUUAGAUUUAAUAAUAAUAUCUUUAUUUUCCACGAGAAAAUUUGUCUUACAAUUGGUGCAUGACGCAUACGAUUAUAACUAUAGCAAACGAAAUUUAUAUUCGCAUCUGAUUCAUUCAAAAAUUACAUGUGAAAUGUUUAUAUCAGAUAUUAGUAUUGUAUUUCAUGAUUUGAUUGUCAUCUGUAUUUGAUGCAUAUAUAGGCUACAUUCCAAGCCCUUGAGAUGUGUCAUUUCAUCGGAAUUAAAUGUGUGAGAUCAAA